CGGGUUGAAUUCAGCAUUCAAACAGUCAAUUGUUAAAUUGACUGCAAAUUCGGGGAUUCUUCUAAUAUUGGGUACGCAGUUACUCGAUAUCUCACAUAUUCUGGAUUGUCGGCGAAGUUCUUGCUGCCGAUAAUUUCAGUGACCGUCGCACGCGAGAUUCGGGAAGAAGGAGUUCUCAAAAAGAACCAGGACGAUCAUGGAUGAAUUCAUCUGGAUUGCGAUAAGUGAGAGGGCCUCUGCUAGGACGAUAUCCUGCGCCAAGUAUAAACGCAGGCUUUGCAUCAAAAGUGUUCAUCAGUUCCAUUCGCAUCGGCCUUGAGUUGCAUUGCCGAAGUCGAGUACUGCAACAGUAUCUCGUGGUCCAUUGCGAAGCUCCAUUUCCUGGGAGAAGAUGGCCAAGCCAUCAGCUGCCCCUGUGGCACUGACUGCCGUGGUGCUCUUGCUGCUGGCGAUGACCAGUUCCUCUCUUGCCGCGAUAAUUACCGUCCGAAACCAAUGUCCAAUUUGGAUUUCGGUUUGUCAAGAGUCCUUGAGAAGGCCUGCAACCUGCUUUGCUCUGAGCCCUAGGACUGGUGCACGGUCGAUGAAUGUAGGUAGGGUCUGGGAGUCGGCUAUCAUUUCGGGGUUCCGCGGCAACAACGCAAAUGUUCAACAAGGGAUACAAGCCAAGCCACAAGCAAACUUGGCCGAGUUCACGCUCGGAUUGAACAACAUGGACAAGUACGAUCUCAGCAAUGUGGUGAGAGGCAUUUGCAAGCUGCUGAUAGCAGAGUCACCAACUUCACAGUGGCUCACACUGAUUACGUGAUGGAUG